AUGCCAUUGCUCCGGACCUCGAGCCCAUUGGCGCUAGCACGCAUCUGCUGCUCUCGUGCGCCUCCUCGUGUCGUCAAUCUUUUGCAUUUGUAUCGUAUACCUUGGGCCUUUUCUUCACUCUCUCGCUCUAUCUCUACUACUUUUCUAAACAAUGUCGACUCGUCUUCAAACCUUCAUAAUCAUAUUAAAGCUCGUUUAAACUACAAGAAGUUGAUAGAGAAUGUGGACGCAGCUAUUGAGAAUGGCAAGAAACGAUUCAGUGAAGGAAAUCCACAGCUUGUAGCUGAUUUAUACCAACGUCAGGCUAAAUUACGUCAUCGUGUCAAUCUUCUACGAGCAGAACGCAAUAUUCAUGCGAAACAACUUGGCCAAGCGGCUGCAGCAGUGAAGAAACAGGAAAAAGAAGAAGAAAACAACACUUUUGAUGCCUUGUGUCUUCAUGGACAGAAUCUCAAACGACAGAUUGCAGACGUUGAGAGUGAGCUGAUGCACGUGUCAUUGGAUUUGGAGAUGGAAGCUUUGAAAAUUCCCAAUGAUACACAUCCUGAUGUACCUGUUGGCACUGAAGUAGACUCGCGUGUGGUCAUGACACAUGGAAAAAAGCCUGUGUUUCAUUUUAAACCUAAAGACCACUAUGACUUGGCUACGGAAUUGGAGUUAUUGGACACUCAGACGGCUUCUCGAGUCGCAGGAUCUAAGUUCACGUACUUGUGUAAUGAAGGUGCAAUGAUGGAAAUUGCGUUGGUACAUUGGACACUGACCAAGCUGCGUGCACGUGGAUUUAAAAUCAUGUUUCCACCUGAUGUCGCGCACUAUAAACUUGUUGAAGGUUGUGGGUUUCAGCCGCGUGGAGAGGCAACGCAGAUGUACUCGAUUGCAAACUCGGACUUGUGUCUGACUGCUACGUCGGAAAUUGCGCUGGCUGCUUCCAAAAGCAAUGAGAUCAUCUCGACACCUACUUUGCCACUCAAAUAUGCUGGAUUUAGUCAUUGUUUCCGUACGGAGAUUGGACAUGGUGGCCGUCAAACGCGCGGUAUCUAUCGCAUUCACCAAUUUAGCAAGGUAGAAAUGUUUGCUUUCUGUGCCAACGACACCCAAGCCCAGGAGUUUUUUGACGAAAUGGUAGACAUUCAGACGAGUAUGUACGCCGAGCUGGGUCUUCACUUUGAGCUCAUGGACAUGGCAACCGGUGAUCUUGGUGCACCAGCGUACCGUAAGUUUGAUCUGCUGGCCUGGAUGCCUGGCCGCGAAGCGUACGGCGAGGUCUCGAGCAUGUCCAUGUGCACCGACUAUCAGGCUCGCCGCCUUAACAUUCGCCACAAGAACCCAAAGGACGAGGAGGAUGGAACAUCGUUUGUGCAUACACUCAACGGCACUGCCUGCGCGGUCCCUCGUCUGCUCAUCAGUUUGUGGGAGACGUACCAGCAGGAAGAUGGCUCCAUUGUAAUUCCAGAGGUGCUUAGGCCGUAUAUGGGUGGCCAGGAGGUCAUUCGGCCCCCUGAGUGA